AUGUCUACAUUGCCCACUCAAUUAUCAUCCUCCUCAUCCAUACCUUCUUCCACCCUACCACCAGUCACAACCAAAGUCCUAGUGUUAUGUGGUGUUUGUGGAUGUGGAAAAUCCACCAUCGCCUCGAAAAUCAUUGAAUAUCUAAAUUCAAACUCAACUACCACUGGCCUCUCAUCCAACGAUUAUGCAUUCAUCGAAGGCGAUUUAUUUCAUUCCGUGAGUAAUAUUGAAAAGAUGAAGAAUGGUAUUCCUCUCACUGAUAAUGAUCGGAAACCAUGGUUAUUGGCCAUUCAUCUUCAAAUCAUGAAUGAAAUCAAACAUUUUAAUCGGAAAUUCAUCCUUGUCACAUGUUCCGCGUUGAAACAUCAAUACAGAGAAUUACUCAUUGCUGGUGAUCAGUAUUUGUGUGAACGUGAGGAAGAUGUUUUAGAUCAACCCUUGAUAACCAAUGAAAAUAUGAAUAUUCUCCCCCAACAACAAUCAUUGAAAUGGUAUUUUGUUCAUUUAACAACCAAUAAGGAUGUUAUUUCACAACGAAUGCAAGAACGAACGGGUCAUUAUAUGAAUCCAUCAUUGAUACAGAGUCAAUUUGAUUGUUUGGAUAUGAUGCCAUUCGAUCCAUACAAGUUUCCAAAUGCAACAUUGGUGAGUGUGGACAAUGAAGGACCCGUGGAAAUGGUUGUUGAUAAUAUUAUUUCAUUUGUGCUCAACAAGUGA